AUGUCGGCCCUCCCGGUGCUGCCGGCAGAUGUACAUCUUCUGAUACUCGAUUACAUCCACUUGCCUUCGCACCUCCAGGCCCUAUGUCUGACGUCGAAAGCGCUAUGCGACCUCGCCAGGCCUCGACUGUAUCGGAAGGUCACCAUCAACGUACUCGAUCCAUCGGAAGUGGCACGCUUCGAGAAUUGCAUGGCCGCAGGUGCCGAGGCGCAUCUUGACGCUACAAGGAGCUUGACUUUGAUGGACAGCCUUCCCCCAGCAGAAGCUCCCGAGUUCCAGACCAAGCCGCAUCGACGCUUUGACCGUGAAGAUAGGUUGACAUCUGCUCAAAGUAGUACGAUAGAAGCAAUACUAGCGUAUUUCCCUCGGGACCGCCUACAAUCUUUCCGGUGCGUCCUCGAUCUUCGGAAUGCCUCACAUGCCAGCCUGUGGCAUGUUCUCGUCAUAACCUCGCGGACUGUCAUGUUCCUCUCGGCCCUACCGUUGCCUGCGAAUAUAGCCCGCAAAUUUUUCCUUAAACAAAUGCGCACAUUAACACACGUACACCUAAGAGUAGAGGACCUAUUUCAAUUACAAUACCUCGACUGUGUGCGAACUGCGGACCUCUGGCUCCCCCAUCCAGAAGAAACCUGGUCGGAAUUGGAGGAAGAGAACUUUCUGGACUCCCUGGAGGACAUCGGCAAGUAUAAGGAUCUGGAGAGACUGUACCUUGGAACCAAGUUUGAGAGGUAUUCAGACGAUACUAGCCGAAGACUCGCCGAAGCCUUUUCGUCUCUAGACAAUCGUAUGGGCGCCUAG